GUGCCACACCUUUUCGCUCGCUUCUCCCCGGAGCCGGUGAGCGAGGGCGAACGGAGCCUUCUGGAAAUCAGUAGUUGAGAAGGCGUCAGGUUGACGGUAGUGUUUCUUGGUAGAGCCGCGUCACAGGCUGGCCAGGAAUUGGCCGUGCACCGAGAAAAUUGACAACACAUACCCAAGCAACAAGUGUUAGUGUACGGACGCUAGUGGAAGAGCUCCCGGUGCCUUCUGCUAGUCUUGAUCCUCGGCAUCAUCGGAACUCGUCUGACUUGGGCGGGUGUUGCGAUUCCGGGGGAACUUUUAUAGUUUAUUAUCGCAUUUGUGAUAGAACUCUUACUUUUUAGAAAUCGACAUGGUUGCCCUUCGAGAAAGAGGUGUGAGCCCGAGCAUGGCCAUUGACGCUGGUGGUGUGUGGCUCAACCCAGCUGCCCGUCGGGGCACUCUUGCUACCUACAAGUUUCGUGUGCGUGAAGAACGCAAGAAGGUGAUUCGUAUCUCCAACGCCAAGUACCGCAAGAUUGAUGAUCAUGAAAGCGGAUUGCGACGGUUCGUGCUGAUCAGGAACACACUGAGACGCCUGCAGCGUGAAGCGAGAGAGGAGAAGUUGGCUCGGCACCGUGCCCUGGCUGCUAAUGUGUCGCCCUCUUACCUGUCUGCCUCCCGCCCCCGUUCUCCAUCUCCUCCAUGUGACAUGCAGGUGUCCGAUGUCCUCAGCGUUUACGGCCAGCCAACCCCCGCCCCCAUCUCUGCCCUUGACGAGGAUGACCCCAUGCCCGCACCAAAACGGCCCAGGCUCUUCCUCGACGAUGACAAAGAGAACGACGGCAUGUCCUGUGAAUCUCGCCUGGAGUGUGACCUGGAACGGAAGGACGACUCGAGGAUGAUAGUGGACGACACCCAGGAAAUCCUUCGGGACCUCUAUGAAACCUAUACCGGCGAGUCUUUGAGCCAGACCACCACAUCCUCCAGACCGGGAACGCCCUCUCCCCCGCGCCCCGACACUCCUUACACUGCCUCUUACUCGUGCACUUUGCCCUCCACGACGCCCUCGCUGGCUACCACAAAUACUAACAACAGUAGUAAUAACAACAGUAACGGCUUCAAUAAUAACACCACCUCUGGCAGCAUAAGCAACACCGGAAGCGGGGGCGGCAGCAACAGUAGCACGACCCUCAGUAGCUACCACGACUGGUCACGACCCCAGCAGCAGCAGCAGUACGCCUGCGGACACGCCUCCCUCCUGGGCAACGACCUCCAGUCCGUAGUUUUCCACAGCCUAAUCGCAUCUUUGGAGUCGUAACGCGAAAACGACGCUGUUGGCUGUGAAUGAAUUUCGCUCCAACAGCAGCAGCAGAAGUAGGUGUAGCGGCUGUCCCAUUCUCCAUUUUAUUUUUAUUUUUAUAUUUUUAUCUUGAAGAAUUACGGCUGCUGGCCUCCUUUGCCAUGCCAAAGAGGUGCGAUCUUCGUGUCCGUCGGGUGGAUCACGCUCAAGGGUGCUUGCCUGCCCCUCGGUCGCAUGAUUUCAUCGAGUGUUCUCAUCUGUGAUCGAUUUGAUUAUUAUAUAUAUAUAUAAUAUUAAAACCACGCAACCCUCAUUCUCCGGUAGUGCCUGUGUACCUGUCAUCGUGUGAUGGUAUACCGCCCUUUGCCUUGUACAAGAUUUGAGAUAUUGUUGACUCUCGUGGGGUGAAGACAGCUGGACGGGGUGGAGGCGAUGAAGACGAUGACGAUCUUCAGAUUCGUCGUCGUCGGUCGCCACCGACCUUCAGAGAUAAGUCACUCAUGGAAUUGCUACAUUUUUCUAUUGCGUAAAGAUAUAAUACCUGGGUGCUAUGAAUCUGUUGAAAAGAGAGCAACAGUUGUACCGUCAUUUGAAAGUAAAAGAAAUAUAUAUAUAUUAUAAAACAGUAUAUAUAAAUUUGUUUUUUUCGAGUAAAAUAGAUUUUUAAAAAGUACUAGAGGAAGGGUUUUGCCGUGGAUGUAUAAAAAAAAUAUAGGCUGUAAUAAGUCAUGUUCAUUUAUUCAUCUGCCAUUAUGUAAUAUAUUCUCAUUUAUCAUACCAACACCAUCGUCAUAAUCGCGUUCAUUGUCAUAGUUGUUCAUUGCCUUUCAUAUAUUACAUUUCAUUCUUCAUUGCCUCUUUCAUCAUUAUAUUACAUUUGUUCAAAUAUUCUCCUUCAAAAUCGCCACAGCAAUUUGAUAAUUGUUCUGUUAUGUUUAUGAUUUGAAUUUAUCUUCACGCCAACAAAUGAUUUCUUUCUCUCCCCACGGUGUACCAUUAAUUCCCCUUCUGGUAUAUUUUGAUCUCACAAAACUUAUCUAUAUUUAAGUACACACUUUUUGGAGUUAAGUAUGUGUUGUUGGUCAUUCGCUUUUUGUUUUCAUGUUUUUCCUCUGUCUAAUCAGGUGAUGUAUGGGUAGGACAUCUGUUCCUAAGCUGUUCAUGUUAUUGUCAAAUUCCUUAUUUUCUUUGUGAUUGAUGGCAUCCAGCUAUGCAUCUUGUCCUGUACUCGUUGGAUUGUAAUGUAUUCAAUAACGGGGUAUUAUUUUCUAGCUUGUUUUGCAACUAGAAGUUUACUACUUGGUCAUGGUUUAUUGGGUGUGCUGGGCAUUUUUUUCUAAGUGUUUUAGAACUAACAGGCAUUUUUGUGGUUCUAGUCUUUGAUUCUCUCCCAUUUACAAUUCUCUCUUCUGUUUGGUGUUUGCAGACUUUUUUUUUUUUUUUUUUGGGGGGGGGGGGGUUGUCAAGAAAAGAGACAAUGGAGGAACUUCGCUGUCAGUUGUGCGAGUCUUGUGGAUGGUAUACACUUUAGUGUAUUACCUAUUGGGUGCUGUUCUUGUUUUUUCGUUGAUUUAUGAUCCUUGCCUUCAUUAUUUUAAGAAAAUUGGUUUUCAUUGUUUUCGUGUCUUGUAAAUUUUUCCGAUUUACCGAGACUUUCGGUAUGUCACUAGUGAGAGAUUACUUCCAAUCGUACCUUUGUCACGUCCUGGAAUUAUUUUGUGCAUGAAUAUUUUUGCCUUCAAUUGAUGUCCGAAUUGAUUGUAGAUGAUGGUGCUAAUUCAUGUUUCAAGUCUGCAAAUUCAUCGCGAAAAAAAAUAUACUGGGUCUCUUCAGUUUUGCCCUGAAACUUCUUUUUAAAAACUUUGAAUAUCGUGGCGAUAUGUUUACCCACUCUACAAACUGUUUCUUCGAAGUUCGGAGGAAGUUUAUUUUUCUGCUUUUUUCUUUUCCACUCCCUUCCACAUACACACUCCUACUGAGUGCCAUCUUAUUCAUCGCAUAAAUAACUAUAGACUUAAUUUUACAGUUUUGUAUAUUGUACAAAUGUAUAAUGUAAAUUGUUAAUGAUUAAGAUAUCUUUGUAUUUAGUUUGUAAAACACAAAACUGUAUGUGCUUCUCCACAGGAGGUGGAGGAGCAUUUGGAGAGAAACAGACUAGUAGUUUGUAUUAUAAUGAUUGAUUGCUUUAGAUCAAGUUUCUGAGAGUUCGCAGCUCGUGCUGUCGGACGGGUGCCGCUGUAUAGACGUUUUUUUAUGAUUAGUGUUAAAAGAAGACAUGUAUAAUACUUGAACACUGUUACAUAGUAGAGAGGUUGUAUUAUUUAUUCUGAGUUCAUAGUGCUGUAUACAAAAGGUAUCAGAAUCGGCCGACAAGUGUUAUGAGUGACGACGAACCAGUGUGGGGCAUCUCAGCGGUUGACAAUACCACCACUUUGAUUGAUGUUUUUUUUUGUCUGGGAGGUACUGUGGCUGUGUUGACAGUCCUCUUUAGUGCUCAAAACUUCUUUUAAGAUUACCCUGUUCCACUCAUGAUUGUUCAUAAUUCAUUUGUCUUGAAAAUGUGUAUUUUUGUAUGAUUAUUCUCGUCUUUUAAUUUUGUGAUUAUCAGUAAGGGAUGUCAGCUGCUGAGUAUAGCCCUAAUAGAGUUCUCUCGUUUCUGAACGGCCACGUCACACAAAAAUCGUGUUUUGAGAAUGACACCCGCUGGCAGACUGUAAUUUGUCCAAUCAAAUUUUUGGGUUGUAUGGAAACUCAAGGUAAAAUAAUAGUGUUGUGCUCAUGUCAAUACGAGUAGUCUCACUUUUUAUUUUUUAUUUGCAAAUUGCCAGUAGCCUGUCGCUUCCAGUGACACACAAGUUCAUGUACAGUUGCUAUGAUGAUUCUCCAACGCAAUGAGUAAAGUAAUAUUGGUUGUUUCCGUAAGGCCUCACAUGACCGUCUGCAUAUGUUGUUUGCCUGGACAUGAUGUUAAGUCAUACGGUUGUAUUAAUUUUUUGUCUUUUACUCAAAGAGUUUGGGUUCACAUUUCUGUUGUCUUCCGUUCAAUUCUGUUUUGUCUGCAACUUAGGCAUGGUUUAUAUAUAUAUGUUUCUCAAAGCGACAGUCUUUUGCAGAAUAGUUCAUUUUUGUGCUUUUUGUACUAAACUUUUUUUUUUUUUUCCCCUAAGGGAGGCCAAGGCACUAGAGUGAGAAAUCACCACAACACAAUUUGUUGUCAUCUCUUUCUUACGGUUGCAAAUUCAGCCCGGAAUAAAUGUACAAAACGAAUAACUUAACCGCCAUGCUGGGCACCGAGAGAAAACCGCCCUAGUGUCCCCUUAUGGUAAGGGUCGGUUUGCAUGAACAUGUUACGUAGCCCAGUGGCCCUUUCCGCAGUUCGCAGACUGCGGCAGGAGGCCACAACCUUAACCAGCCGCUCUUUUCCAUCUUACGGUGGCCAUGUUUUAAAGUUGUAAAUGGCCGCUUAUGAGUACGGUUCCACUGUAUUUGAAUACUGUGUUUAAGUCAUUUUCCAGAGUAGAAUGGUGGUUGUAAAGUGCUUUACUGAUGUUUGUAAGGAGCUUGCUGUGAUUGGCAUUAAGUGGAGUAUUGUUGAUGUAAAAUUGUUAUUGCAUUUAUCCAAGCAAGCAAAGCUUUUUGUUUGUUUUUCGAGAGAGUUGGACGUGGACCGUACAAUUAUGCAGCUACCUCGUUUUCUUUUAUCAUAAGUCAUUUGCUUUGUUGACACUUCUAUUUUUCCCUAGUGUCGAAAUAUCGACCGUACUGACAUGUUUAUAUAUAUAUUGCUAGGAAGUUGCGCAACGUUUUACAAGAGAAGUAAGUAGUGAUGAAUUGAGCAACGCAAUAGGUAGUGUUCAGGCUAAGAGAUGACAUUGAAUAAAGUAAAAUAAAGAGGAUUUUGUUCCCCUGCCAAACACGAUGGUCAAAUGAUAAUGAAACUUGUUAUUAUUACAUUGUAUUUUGUGAGUUUUCCAAAUAUAAGUAUGAAAAGGAA